UACAUUAAUAAAGGUACGUUCGUCGAGAAACGUGGCCAGAUAAACGUUCUUGGAAGAACGUCGAACAGCGAAACGACGUCGGCGUCAGUCUCGUGGCGCAGCUGCCGAGAGCGCCGUUCUCGUUGGCACAACGCAUCGAUCGCACAUAGUCGGCCAUAACCUCUGCGAUUCUGCCCACUCUUAAACAAAAGCUGUUCUGGCCUUUCAAACGAUAACCCCGGAAUCAAUGGAAACGGUGAAAUUCGACGAAAAAUACAGAAUCGAGUAGAAUUUCCGCUAUCGUUCAACGUGUACCAUCGUCGUGAACGAGAAAGAGAGAAAGUGCAAAGUGUCUGCUGUUGGCUGCGCUAAGAAGACCUUCAACCGUGUGCAGCCCCUUUCGACAGAGUUUUCAGUUUCAAUCGAAACACGGCAACCAUUGACUGCAUCGUCGUCGACGAGACAUCGAAAUUGUCCAAGGUAGGUUCGAAGAGGGACCAUUUGAUGGCAGUGGAACCGCAGUGCGGUCGUAGACAGACAAGUUGCAGCGAGUGAUUCCACAGGGAAGAAAGUGGAAUAAGAGGUCCCCGGUGUAUUGGAACAGACGAGCAUGAGUGUUCGUGGCUCGUGGACGCGUGCAACGACGCGUGUGUCUCGUCGAUAGCGGCGUCGCCCGUGGACGUCUUCCUCUGACGUCAUUGGUUCCGGCGGGAAAGCCGACAACUACCGGAAACGCACACCGGAAUCAUGAACAACGACGAUUUUCUGGUCAACCUCCAUUAUCUGCCGAUCAUACUCUUCAUCUCGUUGCCUUCCGUUUUCGUUCUCACUUAUGUAAUAGCGGCAGUAUUAGGCCACGUGGAACCUGACUUUCCUUACAUCUCGGAUACAGCAACCCAUGCACCGGAAAGCUGCAUAUUCGCGCAGUUUAUCAACAUGAUCGCGAUGCUCAUGUCUUUUGUAGUCUACAUAAGGUACUCCCAGGUGAAAGAAUGCUCGAGUACCUUUAGCCUGCAAGCUUCUCUGCCAAAAUGGAAUCAUUGGGCGUUAAUAUUCGGUCUAACGUCUACAUUCGGCCUCUCGGUUGUCGCAAAUUUCCAAGAGACUUCCGUGAUAAUUGUGCAUUUCAUCGGCGCUCUCCUCUGUUUCGGCUGUGGCACCGCGUACUUUUGGACACAGGCCAUGUGCUCGUUCUACCUGCAUCCGCUCGGAUGUUCGUUGAGACUGGCCCAUCUUCGAACGGCAUUGUCCAGCUUCUGCACCGUUUGUUUCAUCGUCACCAUCAUCACCGGCGUGCUGGCACACUUGGCCUAUAAGGGUACGAAUCCACAAAAAUGGUACAAAGGAGACGGUGGAUGGGAGCUGCAUGUAACUAGCACGAUCACAGAGUGGCUUUGCGCGAUAGCUUUCUGCGUCUACAUUCUGACGUUCAGCAACGAGUUCAGGGAUGUUAAAGUCACUCAUCCAAAGGUCAGCAGAGGCGCCGGUGGCUACGUCAAUCUCCUUUCGCACUCUCCAGUGAACACUCCGUGUCCCGGUUACAGGUACCGCGACUCCUGCGAACCCCUUAUGGACGAAGUCGCGCCGUUGGUCGCGACCACGCCACCAGCGAUCAGCAAAGAGAGAACCGACGUCCUCUGCCCGGUGCAAAUACACGUGCAAGACCCGACUAUUCGUGAACGACGACGACAGGCCAGCGAACAGGACGAGGCUGAAUACAGACAGAAAUGGGGCGAGGAUCCUUCGAAGAAGUGGAUCGAUCUGGACGAGAACGUCUUGGAUGGUUACAUACUGAUAGACGACGCGUGUCUCGAAUCUGGUAUGGUGCCGGACGAAACGCAGGAAGCACCUUAUCCAGAGGGAGCUAUAGAGAUGGACGACGACGACGAGGACGCAGACAGCCACGGCAAAGACGAAACGUCGAUUUACGGUAGAACGAGGCGAGAAGCGUCGAGAAUGCCUCGAGAAGACGUGGAUUUCAGCACGACCUAUCCUCUCGCUAAUAGUCACGGCAACGCUUAUCGAGAAUCUAGCAGUCACACCAGAUACAGCGAAUUGUAUUCUGAAUUGGCUGUUAAAAACUAUCUGGAGGCGAAUCGAGAGGAAGUGGCUAAUUAUUCCGUGGCGAACAGUCACGGUGAUCAGAGCGUGUCGUCUAAGAACAGAGAACGAAGUUUCAGGGAGCAAGCUGAGAGCGAUCAGAUGGUAUGGGACACUAGACAACAUGGGAACUACGAGGUGGCUAAUAGUCAUAGCAAUUACAGAGUAUUCUACGACAGCCAGACGCAUCAGAGGGAAAUGUUUCAGGCAGGUGGAUGGCCGAUAGUGUCUUGGCCUGAACACGUGUUCGCUAAUAUUCAGGUAACGGAAGAUCAGAAGCAGAAGUCGGAAAACACUGGUAACGUGGUAGAAGAUAAUUCAACGAAGGUUAGCCGAUCAAAAACGAAAAGUGGAUCCAGCGCUGAGCCAAGCUGUGACAUCGAACAGUGUUUGGUUCAGAUCGAGGAGAGUCUUUUGAACAUCGAGCAAAAUCUGCUUCACGUGCAAGAGUUAGAUAUACCAGAGUUGAGGAAUCUUCUGUACAAAAGUCCGAGUAUCGAGAAGAGCCUGUACGAGGUCCAGGAUCUUCUCUACGCCGAUGGUAUUGUUCCUGUAAUAAGCAAACGGAAGACUUCGACUAUCGAAUCCGAAGACGAAGACGAAGAUGAAGAGGAGGUAGAAGAAGAAGAAGAAGUGGAAGAAGUGUGGGUAGGUCGCAAUAUAACGGUAAAAAACAAUGACAACGAAGACGACGACGCUGGUGCUGGAGCUUUCGACGCCUCGAACGACGAAUCCUCUGACAAGGCUAACGUGGAGGAAAACAAUCAGUCAGGAUCGGUUGACGAUCGUUCGAACGGUGACUGCGUGGACGGUUCGACAGUUUUCCGAGAAGAAGCCGCUGAUCCUAAUUGCAACGUGAAACCGAUGAACUUUAUCCCGAACAGUCUGAACAAAACCUUGCCCAGAAGAAUAGUUCUCGACGGAGCCAAAGAAAACAUCAGACUUUGUUCGUCGGGACCUGAAGACACGACGAUUAUCGACUACAAUCUGAACACAACGUGUGCCGAGAAGAAACUGUUCUGUCGCGACAAGUGUCACAGUAGAACGAACUCUUUGGACGAGAAUUCGACGUUCUCGAAUCUGGAUUCUACGGACAAACGCGAGACUGGGAAAAGCUCUCUGCAGGAUUUGCUGUUCGAAACGACGAACGGCAACUUGUUGGACCUCUGCGGGAAAGCUAGAUCGGAGGAAUUGCUUCAAACGCCGCAGAACAAAACGGCUAGAGCUGGCAAACGGGAAUUGAACAGGAAUCGUUUGAGCAUCAUGGAGGCGAAAACGGAGGACUUCUGGAAGAAGCUUCAGUCUAUCUCUUCGAAUCGACGCUUCGCGAACGAGCAGAAGAAGGCGAAAAUUUCGAAAGAACCGGCCGUGAACUCGACACGUCCGCGUGAAAGGUCGCCCAACAGAACGAGGUGUGGCGCGGCUUCCUCGGAGAAGAGUCAGGAUAAAGAGAAGGAGUCCGGCGGUAGUGGUAAAAGUUCCGACAAGAAAAAACGAAAGAAGUCGAGCAGAAGUAAUAGUUCCUCGGAGAACGCGAUAGUGUCUAGCAAACUGAUCUCUCUCUCGGUGUCCAUUGUCCUCGCGGCUCUGUUGCAAGUGAUCAGGUGUCUGACAGACCUGAUCGAAGACGCGUUCAGAUCGGUCAGCUACGACAGAAACGGUCUAUUGCAAUGAAGCGGCUGUAUAGAUCGCGAACGAUCGUUUCCGUUUUUUCUUCUUUUUUUUUUCGACGCGAGGACGUUUCCGUUAGAAGACGUAGUUAACGUCCACGACGAAGUUGUCGCGUGAGAGAAUGAUAAACGUUAGAUGGCACUAAACUACACUUACUUUUCGUCGCACUCCUACUCGAACAGAGAAAAAAAGAACCACCUCGUUUACAAAUUCUUCCCGUCCAAGACCAGAUAUAUUUCUGUCAAGGUGAUUUCUAUCGGUGUUUAUCGAUGUUCUCUUAUCGGGUUGCCUGAUCUUACGACGAAACCGACGAAUCCUUUUUUCUUGUUUUUUUUUUUUUAUCGGUGUUAGACGUUUAGACAUUUCGCCGGAGUGUGAUUAGCGGUUGCAGUAUCGCAUAAAUAAAAUGUCGAUACGUGACGUUCAUGGGAGGCGUCUUGAAGCAGUACGUUAGACAGUAGCGAUAGGAAUGGAACAUAGCAGACACGUCGUUCUACUUUAUCGAACAAA